AAUGUCUCAAAUAGUUUUAAUCUAACUCGUACGUGAAAAUUAAAUAAAUACCUAGAUUCAAAGCGUAAAUAAUAGUGAAAACGAUCAAAAUAUAAUUAACAUUGUGGGCCAGUUUACUUAAUCAAAAUAAUUGACGUCGAUUUCUCGUGAUAGAACAGUACUCAUCAAAAAUAAAUGCAGAGGUACUUUUAACGAAUCUGUAUCUACAAUAUUAGAGAGGAAAGUACGUGGUUGGCUCAGCGGAGUUAUAGACGACAUGCGGCGCAGUAGUCCUGUGCAGCAGUGGCUAGACUCGCUCCCUGCUGAAACCGUUCUUGACAACAGCAAGUUGGAUGAAGAAACCAAAACUCUUGACAUAAAGUCUGAUGAGAGUAAACCUGAAGAAUCUGUUACUGAAAACACAGUUUUGGAAUUCAAUGGUGAAGAUAGCACCCUUGUGGAAAAACAAGAAAAACCACAAGAUGACAAUAAUUUAGAAGUUCCAAGCUCAAAAGACAUAAACAAGAGAAAAUCUUUAGAGAGUGGCUUAUUGAGUGGCAGAUGUGGGACGGUUAAGAAGUUGCAGAGAGAUUACUCUGUGCAGUCGGAAGGUUGUUCACCUAGAUUAAAAAAUCCUUUGUUUAGAGAUCAUUCCCUUCAGUCUGAUGCAAGCGGAUCGAGUGGCAGCUCAGUUUUGAAUGUUUUGGGCGCAAGGAAAGUGGAUGCUGAGUCAGUAUUGAUAGCACUAGGCUUUGGUCCAAGUGAAAAGCAGCAAAAAUUGCAAAGAAUUCCAGAUAGAUUUCUAGUACCAUCUAAGUUAAAAGGCAUCAGUACAGAAGAAUUCAUAAAAAAUGAACAACAUUCAAUGCGUAUGCAUGACUGUGGUGUUUUUGGUUACAGAGGAUUAACAGGGAAUCCUCAUGUUCCACCGUCGACAAUUGUAGCUAAGAUAAUGGAGCGGAUACUCCAAGAUGACGUGUGCCGCGAGGAGGCGCUCACGAAAGCACGCCACUCAAUAGGGGAUAUGCGCCUGCCGCCCGCUGCCUACGGCUUCCUAGCGUCCCGGUUCCGAAACAAUUGAACACCAGUAAGUUUAUAUUUGAGUGAUCGCUUAAUGCUGCAAUAACGCUGGUCUACUUCUUAGGGGCCUCGCCCACGGCGACUUUUUCGACAGCAUCGCUACUAACGCGCGUUAGUCGCAUUUGCAACGCACUACAGAAGUGAUGCCAACGUGCUAUAGCAGCGCGACUGCAUCGCUACAAAAAGUCGCCGUGGGCGAGGGUCCUUAGACAGCGAUAGAUGGCGGAGUCUUGUUUAGCGCGGAGCGUGUAUUAAGAACGAUAAAUUAAAAAUUUUGUUAGGUAUAAUUUUUUGUCAUGAAAGCAUUAUGGAGACUUUUCUGAGCGCAGUUGUGACUUAGUAAAAAUUACUUUGUUCAUUUUCAUUUUACCACAAUUUUUAAUGCCACUGAUUGAUGUUUGAAAGAGAUCUCGAAGCUACGUGGCGAGUUGCUUCUUGUAAGUUAUGCAUUUCAUUUAAAACCAAGUUGUCCUGAAAAAAAGAAAAUAAAGAAUACACACAGUGUUAAAAGUAUCCACUGUCAUACUUUUUUCAUAAAAACGCACUGAAACUGAAAUUAUUAGUAACAUUUUCCUGUAUCAAGCUCCAACUAUGAAAAUUAGAUUAACUCGCCAACUACUUAAGCGGACUGUACUUUCUGAUUUUAUGGUGUAUGUAGGGUACUUGAUGUGCAGCACAAGACAUGUUCGGCAAACGCAUUAGCGGUAGCGCUCAUGAAAUAAACGAAAUGAGGUAAUAAUAGUCCAUCGUUAUCGGACUUCCGAUUCGCGAUUUCGUCAUCUCCGUCGACCGCAGGAUUAUUUUUGUAUAAGUUCUUGCAACUCACAAAGGCGAGUGAGUUUUACUUGUGUGUGUACGUGUACAUGCACAACUAUAGUGGAAUGUCUAUCAAAACUUGAAAAACGAACAGUAGCGAGCCACCACACAUGUAAAGCUCUCUCGCCUUCGUGAUUUGCAACAACUAUAAAUAAACCCAUUCCCGACCCAAGAAAAUAUUUAUCUCAUUUGGAGCCUGUUAUCAGGAAUGUGACUUGUUACGAUUAUAAUUUUUCUGUACUGGAUUUAAAGUAAUAUAUCAGACACAUGUGACAAAUAAUAUUCCACUGCCGAUUUAUAUUAUCCGGGAUAAGGCAAAUAGGUUAUCGGGGUAGGUUUAUAAACUAUACAGCAGUGAUUUAUUAAUAUGCUUAAAUGAAUUAUUUAUUACAUAGUUUUAUAUCCCAUUUAUAAAUAAUAUAGACCAUGUUUAUACUUGUAGAGUACGAAAUUAUUUACAAUAGUAAUAUACACAUGUAAUAUCAUAAUACCGUAGAAAUUCUAAAUGAAAUAAAAAUAAAAGACAACUAUUACGAGUAGAGAUUUAAAGUCAAAUCUAUAUGUACCGUAGUUUCUUAUUCUUAAGUCUAUCUGUAGUGAGAAUUAUAAAAUUUAUAUAUUUUUAUCUUUAUGUGAUUAUAUCACACUAAGUGAUGGUGAUGGACGAUGAUGAUGAAUAAUAGAUUAUUAUUAAGCAAGGCGCGAACACACCGCGUGUAUAUUCAUAGAAAUAAAAAUAAUAAUGAUAAAUUUGUCAGUAUGAGUAUGGAUUAAAUGGUAGGUAUGAGUAAUCGCUUAAGAAAAACAAAAUGAAACUAUUGUCGUGAAUAUUCUACACUUGUAUUUUUACUACUACGAUGUUUCUAAAACAUUACUACAAAUUAAUAUCAACUUUGGAUCUGAUACUGAAUCUUACAGGCUUAGUCUGUUUAGGUUUUAACUAUUUAUUGAAUUUAAUCCUUGAGAGCUUACAGUAGUUUCACUAGACAUUUUUCUAUAAAACCUGACUGAUGAGAAAAUGUAAUAUGUAUCAGCGUACUUAUCAUGGAAUGUAUCUAGGUCAAAUACUUAUAUUUUUACAUUUGAAUAAAUUAAAUUCUUAAUAUUGGUGUCAAACUUGCCUCUAAGUUACAUUAAACUCUUAGAUUUUUAAGUGCUUAUAUCUAAUGAAAACGGACGUAGUACAAAUGUCUACUUACAUUUUAAAUAUAGGUCUUGAAAUACUUAAAAAAAAACUUCAUUGAGUAGUAUGUAAGUAGUAAUAAAUCUCUGUUAAAACUAUUUAGACGACGAGUUAUAGAAAAAAUUAAGAAAUAAUUUAAUUAGUAGCAUUAGUUUUUCAGUAAACUAAUAAAAGAUGUAGGUAUUUUGUGUUCGGUUUCUGAAUCUUUCUGCUAAUGGGUUUUAAUCGCUUUGCACCAGUUGUUACUCUUAUUUAUUGAAACAUGAUCAUAAUAAAGAGCACAAUUUAUUGUAAUGAUCAAUUUAUACUGUUAUGUGAUGUCUUUGUUAUAUUAUUAUGCCACUUACAAUUUUAUUAGAAUAGAUGUAGAACUAUAAGAUUUAAUGUUUAACGCGUGAAUGUAGAGAAGGGAUGGCUACAGAAAAUAUCAUUUGACACGUGCCUUAUUGAACUAGGUACAUAAAACUAGAAUAAAUUGCAUGUUUUGUUUUGGUUUAAAGUGAUUAUUCGCUAUGAAAUGUGUCCCUAAUUAUUAUAAUAAUGUAUAACAGCUUGGCUACGUUUUUACUCGGACAAAGAAAAAUAAAAUUUAAUAUUGAAUUAAAAUUGAUUAGUCAGCGUCAAAUGCCACCACUUUGGGUGUCACGUCACGAACUAUUUGACCCUGACUGUAUCUCAUUGAAAUAACAGAAUAAUCAUUGAAUAAUCUGAUAAUUCUACUAUCUCCGCCACUGAUAUAACUGACUGCGGACUACUAUUAUAAAAUAAAAAAUGUACCUAAUGUACUCAAUGUAGCCAGACUGUUCAGAUAUGAGCAAAAGUAACGUAGCUAGACUGUUUAAAAGUAUCGAUGUUUAGACUCACUUUAUUGUCGCUACUGUCAUCCCUAUCGUUUAGGAUAUUAAUUGUUGAGCCUUUUGUGAUCAUAUUUUACAGUGACCUGAGUGUUGCGUUUUUGCUCAUUUAAAUUAUUGACUUAAUAUGAUUGUUAAUGGAUUGUGGUUUAUGUGGGAACAAAGUUAUGUGGAAAUAAAUAUCAAUAUGGA